GUUCCCGAGAAUCACACAUAAAAAAUGGCGGAACGGGAGGAAGCGGUGAGGGAGUUCGUUGCUGUGACUGAUGUUGACGAAGAAAGGGCCCGUUUCUUCCUCGAGUCAGCAGGCUGGGACCUACAGCUUGCUCUAGCCAAUUUCUUUGAAGAUGGAGGAGAUGAUGAUAUUGCCACCAUUCCUCAGCCAGAGCCUGUGUCUCGAUCCACAGGGCCAAGUGAACACAGAGUGACGUCCUUUAGGGAUCUGAUGCAUGAGGAUGAUGACGAGAGUGGUGAUGAGGAAGGGCAGAGGUUCUUUGCUGGUGGGUCAGAACGCAGUGGGCAGCAGAUUGUUGGUCCUCCGAAAAAGAAAAGCUCAAAUGAGCUGGUUGAGAACUUGUUCAAAGGUGCUAAGGAGCAUGGAGCUGUACCUGUUGACAAAGCAGGAAAAGGACUAGGAGAAUCCAGCAAGUCC